AUGGCUCAGCACGGCCCGCCGUCGGGGCCUGGGGGCUUCGAGGGCCCCGGCGGCAGCGGUGGUGGAGGCGGUGGUGGUUGGGGUGGCGGUGGUGCGGGCUGGCCGCAUACAACGGCGUUGCCUGCCUCCACGCCGCUGCCGCCACCGCCCGAGCCCGCGCCCACUACCUGGACAUCGGCCGCCACACCGCCGGCCCCACCAUCGCCUGUCGAGACAUGGCCGACGGUGCCGCCUGAGCCGCCCCAGGGCACCAUUGCUACCACGGGAGCCACGUCCUUUACGGUCGGUCCCGACGGACUGACGACGCCCGUCGCCUUCACCACGGGCCCCAAUGGCGUUGCCACCCCCGUGGCGUACACGACGGGGCCCAACGGGCUAGCCACGCCGGUGCAGUACACCACUGGACCCAACGGCCUCGAGACGCCCGUCACGCAGACGUUUGUGUCGUACACGACGGGCACAGACGGCCUGGUCACGCCCGUCACCAACGGCGUGAUCUUUACGCCCUUUGUUUCCAACGGCCAGCGUCUGGCGCCAUUCCGUCUGUGGUAA